CGGCGCGGGGUCAAACGGCGACGCUCGCGUGAAAAGAAGGAGCGGUGUGGCAGCGUCACGCACACAGAGACGAGCGUGCGUGUGCGCGCCGAGAGGGACGGCCGAGGGGAGAACGAGACGGCGGCGCCAAUUACUAUCACCUGGCGGGCAGCUACCGCAUUACCCACUGCCGCCGCGCGCGCGACCACGCGCCCGCUGCAACACGCGGCUCGCUCCGCUCCUGACUGCCUCCCGAGCCUCAACCGCAAUCAAUAUUCGCAACGCCGCGAUACCAACUAUUCUUCGAUCACACGAUACGUUCCCUCGCUCCGUGGAUGCAACGCGGACGACCGUAGCCCGCGCCCGGGACUAGUGCCACCGCACUACAAAAUGCGGCUGUGAAGUGUGUGCGGACAGUGACUUUGCGCGAAACGUGAUUUAUUUACAAGUUCUCCAACAAGUUUCAAAGUGAAAAAUGACGUCGCAAUUCGCCUUCAGAGGAUCGCCCCCGAAUCAGAGCACCAUAUCGACAGCCUCCAACAGUCCGCCGCCGGCGCAAGCGGGUAUGAGCGCGGGAGCGGGUAGCGCGGCUCGGCCUAGCUCGCCCGCCGCCGCGCCUCGCUGCUGUGACACCGGACGCCCCAUAUUCCACGACCCGAUCACGGGCCAGACGGUCUGCUCCUGUCAAUACGAGUUCCUAAACUACCAGAGGCUAGCUUCGGGCAUGCCUAUGUCUGUGUACAGUGCCCCCUACUCCGACGCGGCUGCUGCAACGGCAGCCGGCAUGGCAGCAUACUUUCCUGCCCUAGCUGCCGACCAACCUCCAUUUUACACAAACGCGGCAGCGGGAAUCGAGCUGAAAGAAAAUUUAGCAGCCAGCGCAGCGAGCUGGCCUUAUCCUGCAGUCUAUCAUCCUUACGAUGCGGCUUUUGCUGGAUAUCCCUUCAACGGGUACGGGAUGGACCUAAACGGAGCGCGAAGGAAAAAUGCUACGCGAGAAACGACUAGCACGCUCAAAGCAUGGCUCAACGAGCACAAGAAGAAUCCUUAUCCAACGAAAGGGGAGAAGAUUAUGCUUGCUAUCAUUACCAAAAUGACGCUUACGCAAGUUUCUACUUGGUUUGCGAAUGCGCGUCGUCGACUGAAGAAAGAGAACAAGAUGACGUGGGAACCAAGAAACAGGGUUGACGAUGAUGACAAUAACAAUGACGACGAUGACCACAAAAGUAAUGACGGCAAAGACGCUUUAGAUGGUAAGGACUCCGGCACAGGUUCGAGUGAAGACGGAGACAGACCUCAGCAGAGGUUGGAUCUUUUGGGACAACGAACAGAAUCAGAGUGGUCAGAAUCACGAGCGGACAGCGGACCUGAGUCACCUGAGCCGUAUGAGAGACCGAUACAUCCGGCGUACCAACAUUUACCUUCCCGCGCACCACCUGGCAGCACCCCUGCAUCGGCCAAGCCCAGAAUAUGGUCGCUAGCGGAUAUGGCGAGCAAAGACGGUGAGUCGCCUGCGCCUCCGUCAUCGGCUUCCGCUUUCUACCAGUCAGCUGCAGCGGCUGCAGCGGCUGCGCGAUUAGCACAUCCUUACGGAAGGCCCGAACUAUAUCGAGGGCUAUAUCCUCCAACUCACCCCGCUGACGUGGCUCUGUUGGAAUAUUCUCGGUCUUUAGCUCUCGCUAAUCCAGCACCUGCACCGCCGGCUCCUUCACCGUCGUCUUCAUCGACAUCGUCAGUGGCCGAGCCGCCACCACCGCCCCGUGCCUGACCGCUAGCCCACCGCCCGCCGUUGGCGCAUCGACAAUAACCGCGAUCUCGCCUGACGAGUGCCACGAGGGCCUUCUCAGCUUGUAAAUAGCAAUAGACUUAACAAUAUAAAUAUGUAUACAUACGUAUAAAUACGUGAUAAUUUUAAUGAUGCACCGGUAGAGAAGCUUAGAGAUGUGAUAGUGGACACUUGCGUCGCUGCCACCGUGAGGUUGACAACUCGCAAAUGACGUCAUUGUCGACGCGCCCCCGCGGUGCGUCGCUUUGACUGACCGACAAUACUAGGUGCUAAUACAAGUUGGACCUUGCGACAUGUUGCUCUAGUUAUUUUAAAAAGUUGGUUAAACGAAGUGAUUUAUUUUUAAAUAGGUUAUUAAAAGCGUUAUGUUUCUUAUAAUUAAAUACAUCUUUGUUCGAGACUUUUGUAUGUAGUGUAAAUUAUUAUAAUUUUAAAUGUCUAUUCUUUAUAUUUAGAGCCUCUAAUUACGUCCAGUGUUUUUGUUUGAUAGUUUCACAAAGCUGUCAUGCAGAAUGUAUUAUUUAUUGAUACGAGGUCAGUAGUUAUUAUAACAUGUCAUUAGAUGUACUAAGUUGUUGUAAUGCAUAUUAAUCAGAUUUGUUGUAUGGUAGGCACCUAUAAAAUCUGUUUAGUUAAUUUCUAGUCAGAAGACUAUGAUUGUCUGUGUUACAGCUACAUACAUAUCUAGUGAAUAAAAUACCUACCAUAAUAGUAUUUUUCCAAAAACUUUUGACGUUAUUUUUAUUCAAAACGGCGUGGGCUUUAAGAGAGUUAUCGAAAGAACCAUGUCGCUUCUGUGAAAUACUUUUAGGAUUCAUAACGACUACGUUUAUUUAAACUUUCUUUUUCCGAAUAAUAAUAGGGACCACUGGAAUUCCUCAAUAUUUCUCGAAUCAUAUUGUUGAAGAAUUUUUUUAAAUGAUAGUUCAAAUAAAUAGCUUAAAAAGCUUACAAAGUUGCCCCAAUAUUCUGCAAGUACAAAAUAUUCGAUUGAAUAUUGUAGGUUUUUCUGUCUAUAGGCUCCGAUGAGCUGCGGUUACCACAAACGACCAGCCGUGCCGAUCUCGUAUGACAUCGAUUUGAAAAUAAAUAAAGAAAUUGAUUCCAUAAAUGUUUUGAGCCCAAAAAGGAUUUCAUGAAGGAUUUUAUGUUAAUUUGGUGAAGUCCGCGUCGUAAUUAAUUAGAAUUAAUGGAACUAUAGGUACUUAAACAUUGUAUUUUUUUUUUUUUUCAAAAAAAAACUCGAUGUAAGUAUAUGAAAAGGCCUUGUAUAAUAAGUAUAACAGUCAAAUCAACUUUUGUAUUUGUCGAUUUGUUCUCUAAACACUGUAAUAUAUUUUAGGUUUUUUUUUUUACAUUGUAGAGACUGAGAGUCCAAAAUUGAGUCUAUAGUUUUGUACAUACGUCACUGUUGUAAUUAUAUAUUGUAAUUAUUGUGAUUAUUUAAGUGGUGAAUGCAAUAAAUUCUCUGUAAUAGCUGUCUUUUCGAUGUAAAUAAAUACGGAUGGAAGACGUUGGGUCCUGUAGUUUGUUUACAACGAGAUACGUUCGCGAAUAGUGGUCUUACUAGAGAUUUAAAUCGUUUAAUGAUUUUACAUAAGAAACGAACUGUUUAAUAUCUCGAUCCACUUAAGUAAAUGAAGUCUAUUAAAAGCAAUAAUCCAUUUAAAACGUAGGUAGUCGAAGCGGUACUGUGUAGUUGACGGGAUUAUAAUUUUGUUAACUCUAAAACGUCUUUUAACCGUUAACGAGAAAGGUGUGUGAAUAGAUGCAAUAAAAUUUAAUACAGAAAUAAAUAAACGAUCAUUGGUUUGAUUA